CCAGACCCCCGCGCUGGCGCCCCCGGGCCGCCGCCCGGCGCGGGGGCCAUGGCGUUCACCUUCGCAGCAUUCUGCUACAUGCUCACCCUGGUGCUGUGCGCCUCCCUCAUCUUCUUUGUCAUCUGGCACAUCAUAGCCUUUGAUGAGCUGCGGACUGACUUCAAGAACCCCAUCGACCAGGGGAACCCAGCGCGGGCACGCGAGCGUUUGAAAAACAUCGAACGCAUCUGCUGCCUCCUGAGGAAGCUGGUGGUCCCGGAAUAUUCUACCGGCCUCUUCUGUCUGAUGUUUCUGUGUGCAGCAGAGUGGGUGACCCUGGGCCUCAACAUCCCCCUCCUCUUCUACCACCUCUGGAGGUACUUCCACCGUCCCGCGGAUGGCUCUGAGGUCAUGUAUGAUGCGGUCUCUAUCAUGAAUGCUGACAUCCUCAACUACUGCCAGAAGGAGUCCUGGUGCAAACUCGCCUUCUACCUGCUCUCCUUCUUCUAUUACCUGUACAGUAUGGUUUAUACAUUGGUGAGCUUCUAAGGGUAAAGCCGGCCAGGGAGCAAGCCCAGAAUGGACCGGACGCCUGUGCACCCCUAGCCCUGCCCUUCUGGCCACAGAGGCCUCAGCCCUGGGAGACAGGGGGCACUGGUGCCUCCAGCCUCUCCACCCCACAACUGCUGCUGCGGGGACCCCCGCCUUCAGAGCUCUCCCCCUCCAACUAGGGCCAGGCAAAGCUCUAAACAGGGGUGGGGGCUCCUCUGCUAGCCUGCAGCUAGGCAUGGCAGUUGUCCUGGAAGGGGCAGGACUUCCGGGUCUUGUCCAUUUCAGGGGAACUUGGGCCCUGCCACCAGGCAGACCUUGAUCUUGGAAAUUCUGGGCAGCCCCCUUGGCCCCUCAC